UUUGUUGUUUUUUAUUUAAAUCUUUAUUUUUCUUAGCCACUGAGAUAUUAAUUCCUGGUUGUCUUUGUCUUUCAAAGUUCCCAAUUUCCAAGUUUUUUUGAACGCAGCUUUAGCUAGAAGGGACUGCAUUCAUUGGUUGCCAUUCAGUUGUUGUAGUUACAUAUAGGCACCUGGAAUACUUUCCAUUCUGGCGUAUUGUUAAUGUUAGCUAACUGGGGUUCUUCGAUUACAGAAGUGUAUUUUAUGCUGAAGUAAAUUGUCGGUAUACGGGUGAAAGGACAUGCCUACAGUCACAACCUCAAAUAGCUGACGCAAGGCAGAUUUCCUCAGGAGGGACGACUUCUACCAUCACGUUGUGGAAAUGCCAGCUGUGAUCCGGGAUAAAGAGGAUUCAGAGUCUUCUUCAGAGGACGUGCAAGAAGAGGACCAUGCUUGCAUUGCCUGGACUGGCCUCAGCAGGAAGACCCCUGUCCUGGUGUUUUUUGCCGAAGCCAUUGUCUCUAAAGAUGGAAACAUCCGCUCUGUUGGAGAACGAUACAACCUGGCCUUUAAGAUUGUGCGCACGGAGAGCCGGCUGGUUCGUGGCAUACUCACCAGUCAUGGAUUCCAUGAGAUCCACCCAAACAGCAAUGACUUCAACCUCAUGUGGACGGGGUCUCACCUUAAGCCUUACCUCCUACGAAGCCUUCAGGACUUCCAAAAGGUCAACCACUUCCCCAGAUCGUAUGAACUGACACGUAAAGACCGGCUGUAUAAGAACAUCCAGCGGAUGCAGCAGGCUCACGGCUUUAAAAACUUUCACAUUGUCCCUCAGACCUAUGUGCUUCCGUCAGAGUACCAGGAAUUCUGCAGUUCCUUCGUCAAGGACAAGGGUCCCUGGAUCAUUAAGCCAGUAGCGUCGUCACGAGGGCGAGGAAUCUACCUGGUCAGCAAUCCCAACCAGAUUCCAGUGGACGAGAACAUCUUAGUGUCUCGCUACAUCAAUAACCCGUUACUGAUUGACGAUUUCAAGUUUGAUGUGCGGUUGUAUGUUCUGGUGACUUCAUAUGAUCCCGUCACUAUUUAUCUUUAUGAGGAGGGCCUGGCCAGGUUUGCCACAGUGAAGUAUGACCGUGGAACUAAGAACAUCAAGAACCAGUUCAUGCAUCUAACCAACUACAGCGUGAACAAAAAGAGCAGCGACUACGUCAGCUGCGAUGAUCCUGAAGUGGAGGAUUAUGGGAACAAAUGGAGCAUGAGUGCAAUGCUGCGGUAUUUGAAGCAGGAGGGAAAGGACACCACGUUGCUCAUGGGUCAGGUGGAGGACCUGGUGAUCAAGGCGGUGCUGAGCGCUGAGCUGCAGAUAGCCACUGCCUGCCAGAUGUUUGUGCCACACAGGACCAACUGCUUCGAACUGUACGGCUUUGAUGUGCUCAUCGACUCCAACCUCAAACCGUGGCUCCUGGAAGUCAACCUUUCUCCCUCUCUGGCCUGCGACGCUCCUCUGGAUCUGAAAAUAAAGGCCAGCAUGAUAUCCGACAUGUUUUCUCUUGUGGGCUUUGUUUGUCAGGACCCCCUGCUACGACAAACCAGCUCUGAACGGGUAGCUCUGGACCCAAGUCUAAAGUCCCACAAAGCACAGCGCCCUUUCUCCACUCAGUCAGCCAGUGUUCACUCUGGAUUGCGACAGAGACCCGCCACGGCCAACAGCACAGACACUGACAGGCCUAAGAUAGGAAGUAAACAGGAGGACAGCACCCUGGGCCUGACUGCUGAGGAGGUUAAAGUCCUGAGAAGGAUAAGAGAGGAGGAUGAGAGACGAGGUGGGUUCAUCCGAAUCUUUCCCACUCCAGAGACAUGGGAACUGUACAGUGGUUAUCUGGAGUAUAAGACUUCGAUGAACUACAUGUUGGCCAACAGACUUUUCCGUGGAAGAUUGGGGAGAGUGGUGGUGACAUCAAGAUGCCGGAAUCUGAAUGGCUAUGUGCAGCUGCACGUUGUCCAGUAUGAGAGGAAGCUGUUGUCACUGGAGGCGCGGAAGCAGAAGCAGCUCCACCUGGCAGAGCGCUCGGCCAUGAGGAGAAGAAGACCAGCGAAGGGUCGCAGGGCCACCCCUUCCAGGACCAGUGACGAGGAGGGAGAGGAGAGAGUUCAGGAGGAAGAGGAGGAGGAGAAGAAAGCCCAGGGUUCGGUGGAAGUGCAUAGUGUGCCCAUGAAGCUGGAGCAGCUUCACGAUGAGGCCCUGUUCUCAGCAGAACCAGCCCGACACCCCUCUGCCAUCGCCAAGCCCAAGGUCAACCUGCUCCAAAUCCUCCAGCAGGGCUGGGACCUCAGUAAGGUCCAGGCACGGGUGGCCUUCUCCUCAUAUCUCCGUCGGGUACAGAUGAGGCUACUCAAAGAAAGUAGGACUAACACGGAUUCAGGCUGGCCAGAGAAGGACAAUGACCAAAUCGAGCUGGUGAUCCGCUUCCUGAAGAGGGCGGCCUGUAACCUCCAGCAGGACGUGAGGAUGGUUGUGCCCAGUCGCCAGCUCCCCCUCCAGGACCGUCAGCGCAUCCUGUCCCACCAGCUGGGAGAGUUCAUCCACUUCUACACAAAGGAGACAGAGGAAAUGGUGAAGAAACAGGAGACGAUCAAAGAUGAAAAACAUUGUAUCAACCCAAGUGUAUUUCAGGAGUUCACCGCUGUGGCCAGUGAAAGUGAUCUGGAGGAGGUCCUGACGUUCUACACACACAAAAACAAAUCAGCCAGUGUCUUCUUUGGAACCAAAUGUAGGAGCACUAAACCUGACAAUAGCAACAGCCAAGGUUCAGGAGAGCCAGCUACCACAGAGAACCAUAACGCUCUACCUUUGGCCAAAGAGGGUUCCAGCGCCUCUGCUUCCUCACUGUCUGAAGUCAGAAUCAGCACAGACCAAACCACUGCAGACCGACCUGCCGCAGACCAAACCACUGCAGAUCUCCAACGCAAAGAACAAUCCGGGGUCCAGUCUUCCCAACACUCCUCAGACCAUGUCCACAUCCCCAAGCAGGACUACCGCCAGAACCCUCCCCAGUGUCUGCCACUGCACUGCCCCCCUCCACCGCCCCCAUCACAUCCACCGUCUCGCUCCCAGUCUCACCUCCCCUCCCGCUACCAGACAGAACUCCCUCCGCGGUGCCAGGCCUCUGGGUUCUCCUCACCCUCCGCCCUGGUGCCCCAGCCCCCUCCAGUCACUUGGGCAGCUGACCGGCCGGCUCCCAGCACAGCCCCGCCCAUCUCCCAGGUCUUGAGGCGGGUCCAGUCCUUCAGCUCCUCCGGCGUAGCCCCGUCCUCCGUGCCCGGUGCCGUCCAGGUCUACAGCCAGAAGCCCUCCAGACCCACGUCUGCGGACCACGGUAACGCCAUCAGACGGGCUGCCCCCAGCCGCCCCGGACCUGACCCGACACGGGCCUUUUUGGACCGGGGCUUGUUGUCGGCUCAGGCCCAGUCUAACCAUCAGGCCAUCGUCUCAGCAUUGCAGAAGCUGUCAGAGAAGCAGGCUGCCCGCCAGUACGCCACUUCGAGCCACAUCAGCCUUUUAACACAGCAUUUGACCAAUCUGAACCUGGCUAACGGGGUGCUGAACCGAGGGCCCAUCAGCCUGACCCCGGCAGUGCGACAUGGCCAUGGGUUUGGAGGUGUGGCCCAGAGGCCUGUCAGGACUGUCCACUCUGACACCGGGCCAAUCAGCACCACGAGCGGCCCCAGGCCGCUGAAGGAAGGGGAGAGUCUUUGGGAUCUGGAGACCCAGAGUGCCUACAGCCUGGUUACAGGUGUCUGCCCCCAGCAGCACUACCAGCCCAGCGCAGGCAGUUACCAACUCCAAUAUGCCAUCCAGCAGCUGCAACAGCAGAGGUUCCAGUCCCGCCAGCUGUUAAGCCAGAGCCGCAUCCGCCACCAGGCCAUGUUGGCUGCUCAGGCAAUGAUGCCUCUCUAUCCCGAAACGGCUCCUCGGCCCCAGGCUACCAGCGGUCUUUCCUCCUCCAGUCCUCCCAUGACCCACCCAGACAGCAAGGACCACUCCAGCCAUGUCCGUGCCGUCCCCGGGCCCAUCCUCACCCCCAAACCCCCCAGCAGUGCCAGGGAGGGCCAGCUCAGGAAGACGGCCACUCAGCGCCUCAAACAUGCCUCAGCUGAAGGACCAGCCGAUGGAGCGCUGGCGUCCAACUCACAGCAUGUGUUGUACGAGUCGGUGUGCGGGAAAGCAGGUCUUUCUGUGUACAGCAAACUAAUUCAGGGCCAGGGAUCCAAACUCAGAUGACGGCUAGAGGACAUGGGAGAGGACGGGGGCAACACCAUGCCAUCUUGCCGACAGAGGUGUCUCUGCAUGUGACCACAGGUGUCUGCUGGGAAGACAGAGCUACCAAAGUGUCCCGUAUCUGUGACUGUAUGUCUGACAUCACACCAGGCAAUUGUUAUUUGAUGGAAGAGGACGUCCUGUCCUCUUUGGAAUCCCUUGGCCUGACAUGGGUUGGGAACUCUUUCCUGCAGCCUAGCUCCUACCACAGCAGUUGUCCUCGCUUCUUCUCCUCUUGCUGUCUGUCUGUGUGUCUGUCUGUGCCAUAGAAAGACUUUAAUGACAGACACCCAUCAACAGCUGGUGCCCACCAGAGCCCCAAAGGGCAAGAUCACUGGAGCUCAGAGGAUUCAAACAUUACAAAAGUUCCUCCACUGCCAGGGAGAUGUGCUCCACCAAUCCUGUUUUUUGUGCCCAUUGGUCAGAUAAACUGAAUGUUAUUAUGAAGACAUCUUACAUUGGCUUGAUUGUUGAAGUGAAUGUUAUUGUUGCCCCCCCCCCCCCCCCCAAUAAUAGGAAUACUUUGCAAACAUGCCCCCCGAUAUGAAACUCACUCCUUGCUUCACAGUUCGUAUUGCACUGUUGUCUCCACUGGUGUCCUCAGUGCACCACAGGCUACAGUGUGAAGCCAGUAUGAACUGUAAAGAAGUUGUGCAUCUAUUAAACUGUUCUGCCUCACAGAGCCAUGUAUUUUAGAGAUCUGAGCAGUGAUCUGGUUAUCUGGCUUGAACUCUAUAGUAGGUUACUUUGCAUGUUGCUGUGACUUCUACAGGUCCCAGCGGUCAUCUGUUCCUGGCCGUAAUGCUCCCAUAACGUUGACCGUUUGACGUGCGUUUGCUCCUGUAAAACUGAGGUGAGGUGAAAACUAUUGAAAGUCUGUCUCCUGGCCUCUGUGUUCAGAGCAUUAGAAUGAAAGGGCCUUGUCUAUGCAAUGUCAUUUUUGGUGUUGUCAGUGUUCUCAGGGUUUGGUAUUGAAUUUCCUGAACAAUGUUGACUGUUUUUGAUUGUUUUACUUUGGUAAAAAAAAUACUUGAAUUGAAAUAUUUUAUUAUUUAAUUUGAACAAGAUUAUUUAUGGUGAUGCGUGUUCCUUGAUUUGAUUCAUGUGUAACAUUAUUAAUAGCCAUUUCAAUGUGUCCAUCCAGCUGCUGUACUAUAAGGAUUGAUGAUUUUGAGGUUGUAGAUUUCUGGGACCUUUCCAAAAUUCCAGUUUUCCAGAAAUCUCAGAAAACCUUGGUAUUUUGGAUAAGAUACUGAUGUUGGAAUCCUAGUAAGGACCAAACAGUAUGUUGACCAACAAUGACCACUGAUGAACUUGGCCUAAAUGCUGAAUUCACGGGGAUUCCCACAGUUCAGAUGAAAAAACAAAACAAAUCUAUUCUUCCAAGACCAUUUUUAAUUACAAAAAAGUGUUUUUUUUAAAGAGUAAUAGCAAUUAAAACAUUUACAGUUGUGAUCUAGUGAAGUGCUUGUAGCCUACAUCGUCUAAUACAACAGGAAGGUCUGCCUCAUUUAAGAAAAUAUCCCUAAAACAUGAUUCUGUCGCAUAACAGAAGUAAACAUAACCAUAAACAUAAGUUGAAUAAAAGUUGUUUUCCA